AUGGAUGGGAUGGAUGGGAUGGAUGGGAUGGAUGGCCGCGCGGCUGGGGUAUGCUGCGGUGGAUAUGGCUGUGAUGGAGGCCUGUUCUUGAGCAUAUAGAGCACCGAGCGGGAACUGUGGAGGGUGCGGAGGACAUGGGUUCUGAUCCGAGGGCCGGUGCGGGGCGGCCGCCCUCCAGGGAUGCACACGGCGUUGUCAGCACGGCAUGCAGCACAGGGCGGCUUGACGGACCGGACGUUGCACGCGGGCAGAUUCAGGAGGACGCAUCGCUUGCAGAAUCGUGCUGCCGAGACGGACGGCGACAUGGUCUCUGAUGGCGGCAUGAUCGCUGGGCAGAUGGAUGACAUGAUCGCUGGGCAGAUGGACGACCAAGGCCAGGGCGGUCAUGGGAGAAAAAAAUGGGGGGCCGUCCUCGCGGCCGCUGCCCAGACAACCGCCGAGACGACCUUCGAGACGACUGCCGAGACAACCGCCGAGAUUUCCAGCUUGCCUGCCUGCCUGCCUGCCUGCUGUCCCCGUCCGAUCUGCCCUCCACCGCCAACCUCGGAGCACCCAUCCUUCCCGCCAUGCAGCACCUGGUAUACAAGCCACCCGCCGUCGUGCGAUCCCCCCGAUGCCGGUGUCUGGCUCUCUGGCGCUGUACUGCCACUGACCAUGAUCUGUAUCGCCAACGUCCUGGCGUGGUUCUUCCUCUUUGGCAACCAUGUCCUCUCCAUCGUCAACACCGACGAUUCGUACGACCCCUACCGCAAGUAUCCGACGUAUCUGACGCCGGCCGCGUGGGUCAAUUACAUCUACGGCGGCAUCUAUCUCCUGUUUGCUGGCUUUGCUGUUUGGCAGUUUGCUGCUCCUGAUGCGGAUGGCAUCGUCGUGCACGGAUACGGAAUCUGGUUUGUGGCCGCCGCCCUCAUGAACGCCCUCUGGUUCAACCUUUGGGACGAGGGAAGGCUCUUCCUGGCCUUGAUCGUCAUCCUCUUUGCCUCGGGAUUCAUCUCGGCCGUCGUCGUCGAUCUUGUGCGCACCUAUCCGGCUCGCAACAUCUGGGAGCGCAUCUUUGUCCACUGGCCAUCGACCGCUUUCCACGCAUGGAUUCUCUAUGUCGUCUGGAUCAAUAUCUCGGCGUUGAUCACCUCUGUCCAUGAGGAUGGACCUCAUCUUAUUGACUACCUCCUGGUCUACACUUGGCUAUUCCUCCAAGUCGGUGCUGCCAUCGGUCACUUUGAGUGGAAGAGCUCGGCCUGGGAUCCCGCCCACCUGAUCGUCACCGCCUGGGCCGUCUUCGGCGUCGCUUACGGCCAGUCAGAGUAUACCUUCAUCUUCUUCCCUGCCCUCGCGGCUGGCGUGGUGAUGGUUCUCUAUACCUUCAAGCCCAUCUUUGCCCGGAAGGCCUCGGACGCCGAGCACUCACCCCUGCUGGGCUAAGUCGACCGUCAAGCGCCUCCAAGUCGCCCCUGCUCUCCAGCGCGUAAUUCUUUGCAAGCGCUGUACUGGCUGGCUGCAGGCGCCUUGGCCUCCUCUCCCCGAUCCACUCCGAUGCAAUCUCAUCCGAUCCAUCUCAAGGUCACCAUCCUCUUGUCGACGUACCUGUCCCUCCAGCGGCUUGCACACCGCAGCGGAUGCGUAAUCAAGUUAUGGGAUGCACUCCCCCUCCUGUCCUGGCUCUCUCGCUUCUCCGCAUUAGGCGUCUACCUCUUAGCGCUGCCGGUUCUCUCUAAUCUGCAUCUCUCCAGAGCACGUCUACUUUUUUCGACCACCCCCCAGUAUCUGUGAUACUGUUUCCAUACUUGCCGCCCCUUUGCCCACCCCGCCUCGACAUUUGUACAAAGCCCCAAUACAGUUUUGAUCAUUCUGACCAACCGAA